AUUGAUAAAUAUCAAAUCGAAAUAUCAUUAAUUGCAUUAUUCACAUUAUUUUUCCUAAAUAAAUUUCAAAUUUUCCAACCAUACACUACAAAAUUUUUACAUCUUCAACAUAAAUAUGCAGAUAUUGAUAAAUAUGACAUUGGUAAAGAUGAUAUCUAUAUCAUCAUAACAGGAAUCUUUGCUGUCACAUUCAUUAGAGCUUUUUCAAUGCAUUAUAUCCUAAAACCAAUUGCCAAACAAAACAAGAUAUAUUCCACAAAGGCAAAACAACGUUUUAUGGAACAAGGUUGGAUGGUUAUAUUAUACUCAACCUCUUUCACAACAGGUGCUUAUCUUUAUUAUCACUCUCCAUAUUUUUGCAAAUUUGAUAAUUUUUAUAUCGGUUGGCCUCAUGAUCAAAUGUCUCAUCUUUUCAAAUUUUAUUAUUUAAUGUCAAUUGCAUCAUGGGCUCAACAAAUCUUCACUUUAAACAUUGAAGCUAAAAGAAAAGAUCAUAUCCAGAUGUUUAGUCAUCAUAUCAUUACGAUUGCAUUAGUUGUUGGUUCAUAUUAUUAUUAUUUCACAAGAAUUGGGAACGUUAUAUUAGUGUUGAUGGAUGUUGUUGAUAUUUUCUUAUCAAGUGCCAAAUUAUUAAAAUAUUGUGGGUUUCAAGUUAUUUGUGAUGUUUUGUUUGGAGUUUUUUUAACAAGUUGGGUUAUAUUAAGACAUGGUAUUUAUAAUUAUAUUUUUUAUCAUGCUGCUACAAAAGCAAGAGAUUUAAUGGCUUCUGGAAGAUGUAUUGAAGGUAUCUAUCAAAAAAGAUGUUUUACUGAUAAGAUUAUUGAUGUUUUCUUAUCCUUAUUAGGUGGGUUACAGGUUAUAAUGGUGAUUUGGAUGUAUUUUAUUGCUAAAGUUGCUAUAAAAGUUAUUACUGGAUCUGGUGCUGAUGAUGUUAGAAGUGAUGAUGAAGAUGAAGAUGAU